AUGCCAUUUACACCAGCCGAAGUGUUCAAAUGCCCAAAAUGCAAUCAAAACGUCUAUGCUGCUGAAGAAGUCGCAGCAGCCGGAAAGAAAUGGCACAAAAUGUGCUUCAAAUGCGGUCUCUGCAAGAAAAUGUUAGAAGCUAUGACGAUGGCUGUGCAUGAAGGAAACAUUUUCUGCAAACAAUGUUACGGUCGUAAAUUCGGACCAAAAGGUUAUGGUUUCGGACAAGGUGCUGGUACAUUAGGUAUGGAUACUGGCGAACAUUUAGGAAACAAGAGUGGAUCUGAGAUGAGCAAUAAACCAAACUAUGCCCCACCACCUGGUGCUGCUCAUCAUGAUGAAUAA